AAGCGCAGUGAGGACCAUGUUGCUUCCGAACAUCCUGCUCACCAGUACACCAGGGGUUGGAAAAACCACGCUAGGCAAAGAACUUACAUCAAGAUCAGGACUGAAAUACAUUAAUGUGGGUGAUUUAGCUCGAGAAGGGCAGUUAUAUGAUAGCUAUGAUGAAGAGUAUGAAUGCCCCAUUUUAGAUGAAGACAGAGUAGUUGAUGAAUUAGAAAACCAAAUGAGUGAAGGUGGAGUCAUUGUUGAUUACCAUGAUUGUGAUUUCUUUCCUGAACGCUGGUUUCAUAUAGUUUUUGUGCUGCAAGCAGAUAACAGUGUACUGUACAAAAGACUUGAAACAAGGGGUUAUAAUGAAAAGAAACUAAAAGACAAUAUUCAGUGUGAAAUUUUUCAAGUUCUUUAUGAAGAAGCAUUAGCAUCCUACAAGGAAGAAAUAGUACAUCAACUGCCCAGCAAUAAACCAGAAAAUCUAGAGGAUAAUAUCAAUCAGAUAUUGAAGUGGAUUGAGCAGUGGAUCAAGGAUCAUAGCUCCUGACUUACAAGACUGGCCACUUUACAACCACUCUUGUUAUAUCCCUGCCAUAAUGAAUAAAUUUUCCAGUUAUCAGUAAAAAACUUUCUUAUUAUGAUUGUGCUGCAGGACUAGUAGAUGGAUAAUCUAAAGGUUUAUGUUUGGGCUUUUUUUCCUCCAUGAGAAAGCAAAACAUUCUCAAGUAUAGUAUAUAUAAUAUCAUUAAGGAUUUAGAGUAAAAACUGUCAUCUUAAAUGCUUCAACUGCUGAAGAAUAAAUAAAUCUGACCAAAUGGGUGGCUAUCUUCUAAGCUGGUUACAAAAGAAAAUGAAGAUGAUCCCUUAAAAUAAAACUUAAGACUAAGG